GUUGAAGCAAGCUGCUACUUUCACAACUCAAUAGCCGUCCUUCACAACCGAAAUCAUAUUCCUCGGAAACCAACAAGAUGGCUGAUCCUCGCCCAUACCACAUUCUCAGUUAUGGAACCCUUUUGGGUGUGCAGAUCUACCAGUCCUUCGUGUCAGGUGUCAUCGCCUUCAGAGCGCUGCCUCGCCCGCAGUUCGCGCAGCUCCAGACUGCCACCUUUCCCGUCUACUUCUCUCUCCAGUCCGCACUCCCCGUCGUUGUGGCGUUGACGGCCAGCCGGGCUGGUCAUGUCCACGGCGUCUCUGGUCUUCUUGAGCCCGAGAACCGCGGCACUCUGCUGUCCAUGGCCACCGUCGCCAUCGCCAGUCUGGUCAAUUUGACCGUCUUGCGUCCGAUGACCGUCAACGUCAUGCGGGAGCGGAAGCACCAAGAAACUCGCGAUGGCAAGAAGAGCUAUGAUCCGGCACCCCAUUCCAAGGAGAUGGUCGCCUUGAACAAGAAGUUCGGUCGCCUCCACGGCAUCUCCAGCUUGGUCAACCUGGUUUGCCUCGGUGCUACGGUCUAUUAUGGUGCUGUACUCGGAAAGCAGCUGGCAUAGAUCUGCGGCUCGGCUAUCUCCUUCAACUGCUGCGGAAGAUUUCGAAAGACUAACAAAGAAUGUGGCAUCAGAUGUUGAAGGCAUGCGUUCGAUGGUAAUCUUCGGCUAACGAGGCAGAAUGAACGAGUGUCGUGUAUACAGCAAUAACAAUGGUAGCGUGUCCUCUUCUGCUAGGACCAUGAAAUCAUAUUUUCUUUCAAUUCAUUUUCUGAGGGAGGUUAUCGGCUUCAGCUUGUUCAGUUCACUGCCUGGUAGGUCUAGCGGCCAUGCACACCUACCAGAUUGAAAAGGUCAAUGUCAGCAACUUCAUUGUUCAUAGCUGAAGAUAUUCAUUUCGGUAAAAUCUUGAAAAGGUACUCUUCACCAACAUAGGGUGUCGCUCGUGACCCACCAGAAAUAUAUAAGCCU